AGUGGCAAAAAAAUCAAUACCAACCCCCAACCCUCCUCGUUAAAAAUGUAAAUGCGAAAAAAUUCAAUACUGUGCAGCCAAACGCGACGGUCGCAGCGUUCUCCACUCAUAAUCGCUCUCCCCGCUUUAUCCCCCCAGCACGUAAUGCUCCGGAUCCGAGGAUAUACCACAAAAAUCGGUUAAAGAUUGAAAACGGUUUUCAAAUCGCCCCCGAAAACCCCUUGUGAAAUCCCCAGUGAGGGCAACUUGCAAACCGGCAAAAAAAAUAAAAAGUGCACAGCCUGUUCAGUGAGUGAAAAGUGCAAAGGUGUUUGAGCAUAUAGCUACAUAUAUAGUAUACGAUCUUGUGCAGAUCCGGCGAAACAUAUGUCAAGUGCAGGGCGCCAGCAACAAAGCUAAGACGGCGACGUCGACGUCGGCAGAGGCAGCAGCAGCGGCAGAGGCAGCAACAAAGACGGCUAAUUUAAUUGAUAGACGGCGGCAACGCCGACGUUCACGGUGACGACAACAACAACUAGCUACAACGGCUGCGUCGGCGGAGACGUCACCGUCGGCAGCGGCAGAGGGCAGCGACUGCUAGCAGAGGCUGCGGCUGCGACUGCGACUUCCGUAUCCGCUUCUGUUUCUGUUGUUGUUGUUGGUGGCAGCAGCAGAUACAACAAUGAUAAGCAGAACCGAUUCGCAGACAUAACACAUUGCGGUGGCGGUUGAGAAGAACGGCAUGGUGAAAAUGGAAUCCACGGAAGAACAGGAUCGAAAGCUAGUUUUGGAGUUCUGUCACCUGCUAGAGAAGUCCAAGCAGCUCUUCAACGGGCUCAGGGAUCUGCCUCAGUAUGGCCAUCGGCAGUGGCAAGCUUACUUCGGCCGCACCUUCGAUGUGUACACCAAGUUGUGGAAGUUCCAGCAGCAACAUCGAAUGGUUCUGGACUCAAAGUACGGCCUGAAACGCUGGCAGAUCGGAGAAAUAGCAAGCAAAAUUGGCCAGCUCUAUUAUCACUACUACUUAAGAACCAGCGAAACGAACUACCUGAAUGAGGCGUAUCAGUUCUAUGCGGCCAUUAGGGGUCGGGCGUACUACUCCCGGGCGGCCAAGGAGGAUCGUCCGGAUCUGAUGGUGAAAAAGCUGCGAUACUACGCCCGGUUCAUUGUCGUUUGCCUGCUGCUCAAGAAGAUGAAGCUGGUGCGCGAACUGGUCACCGAGCUGGAGAAACAAAUACAGGAAUUUCCCCGCAGCUACGAGCCGGAGGAUCAUCUGGAGUGGUCGCUGGUGCUGGAGGAGAUCAAGGGCUUCAUCAAGGCGGAGGCGGCGGUGGCCGUCCUGCACGCCGACUCCAAUCCCAUCAUCCUGUCGCACAGUGGUUCCGGUUCUAGGUUGUCCCCGCUGACGACGCCGCCCUGCGAGCGAUCGCCGCACAUGACGCUCAGCCUGCAGGAGAUCCUGAUCGUGGGCUCCGCCUGCGAGCAGGCCAAGUUCUCCGAGCUGACCAUGGACAUGUUCCGGAUGCUCCAGACGCUGGAGCGGGAGCCGACGGAGUCCACUACGAAUCCGCUGAGCAUGGCCCACGGACUCCAUGGGCACGACGCCAGUCCGGCGGCCAGUCGGAUACCGCCGUACGGAGUGCCCGGGUCCAAGGGCUACAUGGAGAACGGCCGGGCCUUUCGAGACAAUCCCCACAAGUAUCUACUGUACAAACCUUCGAUUAGCCAGCUGCUGGUGUUCCUCGCCAGCGGCACCAAGGAACUGCCGCUCGGCGGAGCGCUGCUCCUCUACAUGUCCGCCGAUGGCUGCUUCUCCACCACCAAACAUCCAGAGGAUUAUGGUUAUGAACUGGGCGGCCUGGCCACCAGUGUGAAGCGGGACAGCGUGGACGGCGGAGGUCUGUCGUGCCGGGGCAAAUCGUACAAGGAGAACCACUGCCUAUAUCCGGGUGAUCUGUAUCCGUUCACACGGCGGCCCAUGUUCGUCGUGAUCGACUCGGACAACUCGUUUGUCUUUCAGCACAUACCACGCUACUUUGGCCAGCCGCUGGUGGUGCUGAUGUCGCCGCAGGAUGUCCCACCCGCAUUCCAGGCUGAUGUCCAGCAUCAUGGGUCGCUGUUCACAUUGUUCCUUCACUCCCCGCUCACCGCCCUCUGUUACAUCUGCAACGUUGGAGACGUGCCCAUCCACCACUGGGAACGCUGCCAAACCUACGUGGAUCGCUUCAUCACGGAGGCCUCGAGACUAGUGACUCGGUGUCGCAUCGAUGAGAUUGAACAGGGCAUAGGAUUUAUAGACUCCUCCUAUGUGCAGUUCUUCGGCGACGACUUCCUCCGCACCCUGAUCCUCCGCUUCGUCUUCUGUGAUGUGGUGCUGCGGCUGCACCGCGGAUUCCGGGGGCGGCACAUGCGACCCCGAUGCGAGCCGCAGCUGCCGGCGAACGAGCUGCUGGAGCACCCCUCGCUGUCGCACAUAAUCUUUCAGCUGGCCUCGGCCCUGGAUGUCCGGGGUCACUUCUCGGAGGGGCCGGAGUGCGACUGAUGACUUUUCGUGACCGUCGUCCUGGUGGUGGCCAUCGGGAUCUGCCUGCGCCAGCAGCUGUUCUCCGUGAUCGAGAGGCAGUUCGCCGGAUGGAUGCCUUCCCUGUACAAUACUUUUCCGCUGGCCUGGAACUGGACGUGAAAACGGGGGGCGUGGUUCGUAGGCGUGGUGCGCGGUGCGUGGGCGUCGUCCAUGGGUUUCCUUUCCUUGGCAGUGACCCGGCUGUCGGCGUAAUUCAUUUUAAUAACGUAAACGCAACGUAACUGCAUUAUAAUACGAAUAUAAAUAUAUAAAUACGAGUAUAAUAUAUAUAUAUAUAAUAUAUGCAUAUAUGGAUAAAGGUAAAUUAAUCAAGUAGCUAGUUUUCUUAUAUAGUGCGUCGCGCAAUGGAAAUGGUCCAAUGUUAGUUGCUUAGCAUAUACAUAAUUAAUGAUAACGAAGAUAUACAUACGUGAAAUCAAUGAUAUUCAGCCGAUAUUGCUGCAGCAACAAGAACAACAACCACAAACAUGUCAAAAGAACCUAACAAACGAUAACUGCCAAAAAGAAGAUGAAAAACUUAAAAAUUUAUGAAAAUACGAAAACGAAGAUCUAAUCAAAUUUAGUUUCGAGCGGUAGCGGGAAUUUUUAUGAGAUUUGUAAGUGGGGAACUUUUUGUAUCGGGUCUAGGAUCGCCUGAUCGGGAAAAUAGGUAUCUUUGUCAUACGCAGCGGAAACAUUUUAGCUUUUAUACAACCGAUAUUGAGAGAAACCUAAUCGAAAGUGAAUUACGAACACGACACACUAUAUAAGAAAGGGAAUGCGUUUUUUAUGCAUUGUACGCGGCGCUCAUAACAAAUUUAAAUUACGAAACCAGAAUAUUAUUGUACGUAUGUAAUAUUGCAUAUAUGUAUCUAUUAUGAUUACAAGAUGACUGAAAGUUACUGUUUCAACAAAGGAAAAAAAUGAAGAAAACAACCAAAAAGAAGGCAACGUUUAGCAAAAGUAAUAAUAAAUAUAAAUAACUUAUACAUAAUGCCCUAGUUAAGUGAAACAUGGAAAAUAUACAAAAUAUAUUUUGCUUAUGUGAAAGUAAAAUACAAAAGCCCAACCAACAUUUUAUACGAAGGAAACGCAUACAAAAUUUACACUUCAACUAACGAAUGAAAAUCUGUUCUUGAAUCAUUUUUCCAAAAUGUCGCGAAAUUCCGUAUCGGUUUUCGGUUCAAACUGUGAAUUGGAACAGGUCACCGUAAUAAUAAAUAAAUAUGAUAACAUAUAGUUACAAGUCACACUAACUCUAUGGAUUUAUAGGCAAAUGAUAAACGCAAUAUUGAAAGUUACAAAAUUAUAUAUAAAGCAUAUAUAUUUCAAUACGAAAAUAAAACUAGUUGAACGCAUAGUAAAUUACUUGAUCAUUUUUACAAGACAAGCCGCAAACAAAAAUAAAGCAAAAACUUAACAAAAAAAAAAAAUGAUAAAAACAAUUUAACAAUUACUUUACAUUUA